AUGUCGGACUUUGAUCGGCAUGCCGUGUCGGCCUCGGUUGACAAUGACUUUGCCGAUAUGCUUCAAUUCUAUACGCAAAUGCCAGACCACAACCUGUCAAUAGCAGAUGUUUUCCAGGGUCACCUUGAUGUGGAUUCUGCCUCCUCCACUCCAACGGGUCUCCCCUCCACCCCAGUAUUCUGGGGCAAUGAUUCGUCUCUAAAUACACAGUCGAAGCCCUCCAACGACAUGGUGAAUGAUUUCAUGGAUUUCCGAUGGAAUGAAACCGACGGCUGCCCCGAUCUAUGGAAUUCCAUCAAUGAGGACUUCUCAUUUAUGCCAGCCAGCAUGCAAAAUGGAGAUAGUUGGUAUCUACCAAGCGAGAAUUCCAAAGACUCUCAAACAACCCCCAUGGCGCCCAUGCACACAUUCCACUCGCCCCGGGCGCAUAUUACGGCAUCCGCAUCGCCUCUUAGCCAAGUAUCUGUAGAGCCCACGCACCACAGCAUCCCACAGGGAUUGCCUGCUUCUUCCAACCCCACAGCGCCCUACACUCACAAUUCCACGGCGACAGCAGAGGUGGCACCAAAAGCAGCACCAAGCUCAUCCAUCUCCACCACAACCCCACCACUCGACUUGGCGCCCACUCCACACCGAUCCAGCCCCGCGUCACCAUGUCCAGCAUCACCGAGUCCUAAAGGAGCAAUUGCACGCAAGAAUUCCACUACGAUGUGGAAGCGACGCAACUGGCAUCCAUUGGCGACGCCGGAAUUGAGACCCAAAAUUAGUCCUGUUAUUCCUUCUCUGAACCAACAGAAUGUCACACCACCAGACCUGUCAGCCCACAACCUCGCCACCAAGUCAAACUAUCAGCACAUCCAAGAUGGCACGUUACCGCCUGGCGUCAAGUACCCCAGCAAAGUCACACGCGACAAUCUCAACCAGAGACGUACAUACCACCGUCUAGCUGAGCGGAACCGACGCGACAGGUUCAAUGCUGCAAUUAAGGAAAUGGAAGCUCUUAUUCCGGCAGAGUUUGUCGAAGAAAGAAAUAAAUCGUUAGGGCUGGCCCUCAAUGCUAUUUCGGCUUCUCCUACUGCUACGGGUACUUCUGCGAAGAAAGAGAAAGAAAAGGCGCCCUCCGCUGAGCAGACUAAGGCUGAUGUUAUGGAGAUUGCAGCUGAUUAUAUCAAGAUGUUAACCGCCAGUCUUGCGGAGAAGAAUGAGCGGAUGAGUCGGCUUGCUGUCCCUGGAGAUGUCUAUGUAUGA